AUGAGUCGCCAGCCUCCAUCGAUGUAUGUGCGACUAGCACAUAUGAUGAAAGGUGACAAGAAUCUGGCCAUCUUUCGUCGAUUUGACGAUGCAAAUAUCCUAUGCUUGCUUUCACUGCAAGCAGAGAUCCUCCAGCUACAGAGUGACUUUUACUUGGAAAACUCUCUUGAUGAGAUUGGAACGGAAGAAGAACGGAAGAAUGGAGAAAGCUUCUAUGAUAGCCAACAGAAUAACAGUGACCAGCAUCAGAAAUUAUGUCAACUGAGGGAAAAGCUAAUGCGGUAUAAUAAAUUCCUUGCGCAGUAUUCUGCAAUCAGUCAACUCCCGAGUCCCAAAAAGUCUCAGUUACAGAGUUUGAGAAAUUGGUUAGCGAUGGAUAAGGGAGGGAAGAACUUCCAAACAGGAGCAGAGAUCAAUACGUGGACUGGAGAUGGAUCAGAUAAUCCUGAUCUCUAUAUGACUUUGCAACCCGCAGCUGAGGACGACGAUUUGUUCACAAGGGGUUUGAUGAGAUUUAUCGCGGGGCCAUUUCAUCUUGCAUUUGGCCGGAGGAUGAAGGUGGGCCAGGUUAUUGACGAAGAAAGUGGCUAUGUGACGUACCAAGAUGCCCGCAUAAUACGGCUCACCAGCAUCAUUGUUACUGUGAUAGCUGCUAUCUUGCCUCCUCUCACUAUCUUGGUACUCAAUGGACGCCCAACAACUAACCAGAGGAUUGGUUUCACGGUUUUGUUUACGGCCAUUUUUGCUGGUAUCCUGGCGUAUUUCAGCAAGGCGAAAAGAGUGGAAAUACUUGUAGCUACUGCAACCUUUGUCGCUGUGGAGGUCGUUUUUAUUGGGAGUGCUUUGUCUAGCACGGAACAAGCUCAUAUCACGGGGAACCUUACAUUGAUACAAGCGACGAAUGGGUCUGGAAUUAUUACUAUCAACUAG